AUGCGCUUCGUUAACACUCUUCUUUCGGCUCUCCUCGCCGUCUCUGUGGCCGCACAACCGAUCCGAAAACUGACCAGGGAAAACUUAUUGCAGGCUAUGGAGCGUGCUAACAAUGAUGUGGCCAAACUGGGGAAAAAAAUGACACUCAUUGUUCAGGGUGGUGCCGUGAACGUUAUACUCCAAAACCGUGAUGAGACCGAAGAUAUGGACUUUAUAGUGUCCGGCUGUAACCCUAUAGGAAACUCGGCAAAAUGUUCUUCGGACAUCAAACUGCUCCGGCCCAUUUUUUAUACGGCUAUGAAAGGUGUGCAACCGGAAAGGGCAUCAAGCUGGACCGACGACACAAUCAAGAACUUUUUCAUCAUGAAUGCCGCCCUUUAUGAACGGUAUAUGUCGGAGGCCGAGGCGCAGGGCACCGUGCUUGCCGGGAUGCUUGAAGGCAGCGCUGGCAUAAAGUUCAUCUCCGCGCCGUGGGACUGGCAGUUUGUGGGGAAAAUGCAGAAAAUGGAGAAGAUGGAGGAUUCGAAAAUGGCAUACAACCUCGAGGACGCCGGCUUUUACCUCCGGAAGUGGCUCGAAAUGAAAAACAUGGUUUCGAUCAACUAUGCCGGCGUGAAGGGUUUGUUCAAGUCAUGGGGCAGGAAAGAACCGGUGAACCUAAUCGAAUUAUGCAAGGAGGUUAACGUUAAAUCGGGAGCCAACUUGAUUGAACUAUCCGAAAGCAUAGAUGGUGCCGAGUCCCGCGACAAGGAGCCGGCAUCCAACGUCGCAAAGCCCGGGGCGGCCUUGGACGCCCCUCGGUUCGCCUUUUACGGCGACUUUGUACUGCCAGCCGUGGCCAAGCAACAAGGCGGAUUCGUCCCUUCAGCCGACUCCCUACUCAAGAAGGGGGCAGCUGCUCAGUCAGAGCUUGAGAUGGCCGCCAAGCUGCCCCUGAACACCCCAAGCUUCUUUCUUCCGACGUCCCAAGACUUCGGAACCGCAGCCAAGCGGGCGGCACACGAAGCCUCCAAGCACACCCCAGGCCACUACGGCGUAGUUUACGUCGUCCAUGCCACGCCAAACAUGGUCGACGCAGCGAAGUCGGUUGGUCAUGGGAAGGCAGUCACUCCGAGACAAGAAUUCGUCGUAGCCGGGGGCAUUAAAUGGUCACAAGUUCUCGGCUGGGCCCAGAUUCCACACGACUACGCUCCGCCUGCCUCUUUGGCCGUUAAUGGAAAGGCGGGACUACGUGACUACUUUGAGAAAGCCUUUCGAGAAGGAACGCCCCUUUUUCAGAAAAACGAAGACUAUGACAAGCAGUUCGACGCAUAUACGGCCAAUACAGAGGCACAGCCAAAGCUAUCAAACUCGGGGCAACAUCUCCAGCAGCUUGAGGAAUUUAUGCAGGUUAAUGGGCUAGCCGUGGGCUGGAGUGGGAAAUUCCCCCUGAUUCCAACUGCCGAAGGCGACCCUAUCUCUGGCAAGGAAUCUGUCAAGAACGCCAUCCCAGCACCAAACGAAGAGUCCUGGCUCAAGCAGACAUGGGGCUUUAUUGAGAGACAUAAGAUAGCAAUUGCCCUCCUUCCAGCGGUGGCAGCAGCAAAUCUCAUCCCUGGUCUUGGCGAGGUCGCCGACGCCACCGAAGUCGCAGCGCUAAGUGUAGACGCCGUUGAUGCCGGCGGACUGCUGGUCGAAGGCGUAUCGGCUGCUAGCGAAGGCGACGUUGUAUCACCGAAGGUAUCAACAAAGUUCAAGGUUCCGAACGCUCCUUGA